AGUGAGCCCUUCAAAAGAAUUAGCUUCUCAAUACUUCCUCAAAGUGGACCAUAUGGCUGAAUGUGUAAGCAGAUUGUGCACACAGUAGCAUUUCCUUCACUGCGUGAUCAAUUGGACUUGGCAUUUUAUGGUUUUCUACAGGGUUUUUAGUCCACUAAGCUCUGAAAAAUGGGAGAAAUCCGCUUACUCUUGCUUAUUUUGCUGACUGUUGUAAUUAAGAAAACGUUUGGAUGCUACUGUGACCAUUAUUCCUGGAAUUCUUGGUCCAGCUGUUCAAGAACUUGCAACUAUGGGAUACAAAGCAGAUCAAGACAGAGAAACCAGGAUGCUUAUUAUUAUAAAAAUUCAUGCGAUAGACUGUGCACAUGGAGCGAAUCUCGAGCAUGUAACCAGGAAUCAUGCCACAUCAAUUGCCAAAUGAGUGACUGGAGCACAUGGUCAGAAUGCGACCCAUGUGUUAAAAAACAAUUUCGGAUUAGGUCUUUGCACCAGCCAUCUCAGUUUGGAGGCCAAGCCUGUACUGAGCAAUUGUCAGAUCGACGGCCAUGUUUCCCAACAAAAUUGUGCAAUAUGGAAGAUGUGAACUGUGAAAAUAAGAUGCAGUGUGACAAUGGUCGCUGCAUUGCCAAGAAACUAAGAUGUAAUGGAGAUGAUGACUGUGGAGACAAUUCUGAUGAAAGGAACUGCGGGACCAUAAAGCCUGUGUGUGGAAAGAACAGAAGGGAAUUCAUCAACAUACCCAGUGCACAACUUAUGGGCCUUGGCUACCAUAUUUUGGCAGAUGAGAGCCGAGGAGAAGUCCUUGACUAUGCUUUCAAUGGUGGGAACUGUGUCCUUGUGAAGUCUGAAGAUAACAGGACAACAUAUCGUGUGCCUGCAAACCUAGAGUCAGUCAACUUUCAGGUGAGCAAUCAAGAAGAUGAAGUGAAAGCCCAUUAUUAUACAGAUUUAACAUCCAUAAUGCAAACUCAGAAUCAACAAGGUUCAUCUUAUGAAACUUCAAAAGGCUAUGCUGGAAUCCCAAUUUUCUUUGGUGCAGGACAUAAUUUAAUGGUGUCAUCAUCUCAUUCCUUUAAGGAAGCUGUUAAAUCAUCUCACAAAAUGAGUUCCAACUUCAUUAGGGUCCAUAAGGUGAUUGCCGUUUCAAACUUCACAGUAAAACAGUCAGACUUGCAGGUCUCCAGAGUCUUCUUGAAUGCCCUCAACAGCCUGCCUCUGGAAUACAACUAUGCCCUUUACAGCCGGAUAUUUGAUGACUUUGGCACUCAUUACUACACAUCUGGCUCAUUGGGAGGGAGAUAUGAUCUUCUUUACCAGUUCAAUGAAGAAGAGACAAAAAACUCAGGUUUAACACAAAAAGAAAUGGCAAGCUGUGUGAAAUUUGAAACAACGGUUUAUAUUUUUUUCAUCCCAAUAAGAAACCGUUAUGAGAGAUGUACCCGCAGUAAAAUGACAGAGCGCUAUGAAGGUUCCAUACUGAAGUCCUCUGAACGGUCUAUUUCCCUGGUAAAGGGAGGGCGGGCACAGUAUGCUGCAGCCUUAGCCUUUGAGAAAAAGGGAUCUUUGCCAGGAGAAAACAUCUUUAAUGACUGGCUGGAGUCAACCAAGGAAAAUCCUGUCGUGGUUGAGUUUGAGGUGGCUCCCAUUCUGGAUUUGGUGAAGAACUUUCCUUGUGCUGUGACAAAGCGCUAUAAUCUGAGGAAGGCUUUUUUGGAAUAUAUGACUAGAUAUGACCCAUGUCAUUGUGCCCCAUGUCCCAACAAUGGUCGGCCUGUUUUAUCUGGAACGGAAUGCCUCUGUGUGUGCAAAGCUGGAACCUAUGGCAGUAACUGUGAGAGAAGAGCCCCAGAUUAUACAUCAGAUGCAGUAGAUGGCUAUUGGAGUUGCUGGUCUGCAUGGAGCCCAUGUGAUGCAUCUUUUAAGAGGAAAAGGACCCGAUUGUGUAACAAUCCCGAACCCAUGAAUGAAGGAAAACCCUGUGAAGGAAAAGGAGAAGAGGAAGAAGACUGUUUUAUUCAGUUGUUUGGAGACCAAGGAGCAGUUUGUGUAAAUGAUAAUGAAGGUGUAAGAGAGGUAGAGCUGCCUGUAGUUGAGCCUGACGCUGGAUGUUUGGCUCCAGUACCUCCAGAAAAUGGAUUUAUCAGGAAUGAGAAAAAUUACUAUUCCGUUGGAGAAGAAGUGGAAGUUGUCUGUCUGAGUGGUUAUAAUCUUGUAGGAUAUAAAUUCUUUAGAUGCCUACCAGACAAAACAUGGGUUCAACAUCCAGUGGAGUGCCAACCAUCAGCUUGCUCUAGACCCUCCCUUACCAAUGAUAUCAAGAUAUCUCCAUUUAAAUUGGAAUACGAGACAGGAGAAAGGAUCCACCUGAGUUGUCCAAAUGGCUACAUUCUUACUGGCCCAAGGAGCUACACCUGUGGGAAUGAUGUUGCCUGGACCCCACCUAUUUCAGGAUCACUUACUUGCAAACAGUCCCAGGAAAUUUUCCCUAGAGGCAAUUGCAGCUUUGGACAAAAGGAGGUGGGGUCUCAGUGCGUUUGUAUGUCUCCUGAGGAAGACUGUCCUCCUGGUAUGGAAGAUAUUUGUGUCCUGGAUACAGCACUCAAAAUGCCUCUUACAAAAUCGAGCUGCCAAUACGUAGCCAACAGGUGCCGAGGUGAUGAUCAAUUCAGUUUCCUCUCUUCUGGACCAUGUCAAAAUAAUGUCAACACAAACUGGCCCAUUGCACGGGCAAGUCUUUCAGCAAACAGUACAAGAAAAGAGCUCUGUGGAUAUGAUGUAUGUUACGAUUGGGAAAAAUGUUCAGAAAGAGAAUUACGAUGUACUUGCUUACUUCCUUACCAGUGCCCAAAGGAUGAGGGCCAACUCUACUGUAUCCUGAGUGGAGUUAGAAAACGUAUGAAGACAGUCACUUUCUGUUCUUUAGGAGCAAUGAAAUGCUCCAAUAUGAAGACUGAAUUGUUGCAUGCUGGGGAGUGUAUGCCUUAAGAUGAGUGACAAAGUCAUGCAUACUUAUGGAAGGAUAUCCAGAUGUAUACAAGAUAUAUUUCUGUAGCCAUUCAAAAUAAUGAUCAAUACAUUGUAAUAUUUUGGUAUUCAUUUAUAAUUACUAAAAUAUAUAAUCUGUUCUAUGUGCCUCAACAUUAGUUACCAUCUCCUUUUUGGCCAGAGGUCUACCACUUCUAUCUCUGUGAUAUCUUGUUUUCACCACUCCCUAUAAUUGCUUCUGCCUGUUGACCACCCGUAUGGUACUCUGUGAUAUAUUUUUUAUCAGCAUAAUUGUCAGCUACCACUCCCCCCCUCCCCGCCCCUUGCACUAGUACUAGUAAAGAAGCGAGGUUUCAAAGCACAUUGACGUCUCCAUGAUUCUUGGCUUCAGUAGUUUUAGAAUGGGCAUGGGCAAACAAUGUAGAUCUACUUCGGACAGGGCUCCAUGCCUGGAGUGAGGUGAAACUGUCAUAAGAGGCAGCAGUGGAAACACAGGAUGCUUCCCAUGUUCCAUAGAGAAGAACAGGGGGAAGCCAGGCAGCAACGCUCACCCCCAUGGGAUGAGGUUAGGGGUGACACGAACAACACAGGGCGCUGGGCAACUGGUUCCCCACGUCCCACGCUAGAUUCACCACGAUCCAUGAUUAAUCUCCCUGGUAUCACUGUGCUGUCAUGCCUGGGGGCUAAAACUGUUAGUGAUAGAGACAUAGACGUGACAUCUUUCCCCCAGGGGAUUGCUUCUUGCCUUCCUUUAAAGAACUGGAACUCCCAAGGACCAAAAACACUGUAGAUAACUCAAAAUAGGUUUUAUUGUUCACAAAGAGUUAUCCCUUUAAGGCAAUAAGCUGGAAGUUUCAAAGGGGUUAAAGGAAAUAUACAUUACAGUCUCUGGUUGUCUUGGGUCCAAGGAGAUUUCGCAGCUGAGAAUCUUUUCCUGUUACCUCUUUUCUCAAUAGCUGUGAAGGUCAGAACAAACACAACCCCCAGUCCAAUGGCCUAUGUUGAAGGCACAGAGUCUUCUUUUUGAUGCCAAAGGACCGGUUUGAAGGCGCUUGGGUCUCCUCAACGUUGUCCAGGGCGAUCUGGACAUGAAGCAUGAGUCUCAAGGGUAAAAACCUUAGAAUUGGUGAUGAGAGGUAACUUAAUUAAGGGCUUUAGAGCCAAGUCUCUUUCUAACGUCUAUCUGAUAGAAAGUUUGAUGGUAGAAUGGAAAAGGAAAAGCUCUGCCCUUCUCCAGGAAGAGGUGGAGCCAAGCAAUUGAGCUGAGGAAGCAAUAUAACUGGUGCAAACAACAUUGAUUGACUGCUAUAAAUAACCAAUCAGUCCAACUAUACAUUUACAAAGUAAGCAAGUAUGGGCAUGUUAUACAGUUUAAACCUUUGCACUUUAAAGUUCUACACACAGGUGGCACCACUCGUGCCGUCAUAAUCUCCCAUAACUUUGGCUGCAAUAUGAUGAGUUUAUUAGUGAUGUUUCCACCUCUUCUCACUCGAUUAUACACUUGCUUCUCAAGUGAAAUUGGUAUUGGCUUUGCACUCAUAGAGAGCUUUCCUCUCUUUAAUGACAUUCUUAUAAUAAAGAAUCAUUACACUUGA